AUGGGUUCUACGCAAUUCGGCAAUUUCAACGACUUUUGUCGAGAUUCAACUUUGCCAGUUUGCAAUCUCUUUGUUCCCAAUAAUCAACCCCCUAAUAAAGCCUAUGACGGCUGUGCCCUCACCGGUAUCCACCUUAGCGAUGACCGAUACCUCAGCAACUUAGGGUCGAUAUUGUUAGCAUUUAUCGCGAUUGUGACAUCAUUGUUCCUGUUAUGGCGAUCAGAGAGAAAACAGGCCGCCGUUGGGCGAAGAGAAAUGCAAUUGUUCCUGCUUGGAUUCAUCAUCGUUGAGAUUUGCGAAAUCUUCUCCGUUGGUGGCUUCCCUUUGGACGGCGCCGUUCGAAAGGGAUUCUCCGCCGCCCACAUUGCGGCAAUCACUGCGACGUGCUGGAUCCUCUUCUUGAACGCUCUUGUCGGUUUCCAGAUUCUGGAUGACGGCACACCUGUCUCCCUUGGUCUUUGUGCCGUGUCGGCCUUGAUCUUUUUCGUCGGCACAGGGUAUAUCGCCUUGGAUACUGCUUUCGACUGGACGGGAAAAUUCGCAGCGGACCCGUCCAAUAACUAUCGCAACAUCGCCCUCUAUGUCUUGUACCAGCUCUUUCCUCUGGUUCUUCUCGUGGCCUUCUUCAUUCUUGAAGCCCUGUUAGUGAUCCGGGUCCUGGGUGAAUACCGGCCAAUGUUUUACCUAACGGCCGCCGGCCUGUUGUUUGCUAUUGGCCAGAUCUUCAACUAUGUGAUCAGCACCCAUUUGUGCCAUGCAUCCGGCGGCAAGAUCAAUGGCGCCUUGUUUGAGACGCUCUUUACUCUCUUGUCCGUUGUCGUAAUCUGGGUGUUUUGGAGCAGUAUCACGGAGGAUGACUGGCCCAUGUCUGCGACCGUCGGCGGGGGAUACAGCUAA